AUGGAAGAGGGGGUUGUCGUCAUCCGAUUCGGUAUACCCGUGUUUUACUGUAUUCUGAUUGAAGUUGUCGUCAUCACAUUUGUUAAAACCAUGUUGUACUGUAUUCUGAUUAUAGUUGUCGUCAUCUCGUUCGGUAUACCCGUGUUCUACUGUAUUCUGAUUUUGUCGUCAUCUCAUCAAAACAGCUAUGCUUUAGCUGCAAUGGGGUACCCGACCAAUCUGAUUGUAGAACUAUUACAACUUGUAGUGAUAGCGAGGAAAUUUACACAGCUGAACGGUAAACCAAUGUUUGAGUCAGGAUGCUUGAGCAAACAGAGCUGUAAAAUAGUUCAUGUAGUGUCCGGUAUCGGUAAAAAGAGAGACACUGGGAUAACAAAUUGUUAUGAGUGCUGUGAAACAGGAAAUGCAACAUAUCCCUGCAACGACAAUUUAUGCGGAAAACCUCCUGCCACUGAGACGAGAUGCUACUCUUGUUCCGAUACAACCCAGCCGGAAAACUGCGAAAAUAUUAUUUCCUGUGAUGUAGAUUCAAUGUGUUACACGGGAACAUACAGACAUCCACUCAACCACGAGAUCCGGUAUAAUAUGGAUUGUCAACGUAAAGAUACUUGUAAGGCUCUGAUGAAUUUGUGGCACAGUUAUCAAACGUCAUCACAUACGUCAUCACACGGAACAGACACAGUAACACUGAACCACUGUAACGACUGCUGUGAUGGGGACUUCUGCAACAUCGGACUUUGUGACAUUCCCAAACGAGUAAAGCCAAUAUUCACAACCAAACCACAGAACAGCACACUAAGACCCGAAUUUGAGGGAGUUAUACUGGUCUGUAGGACUGACCCGUCAUCUAAUGCUACAAUGCACUGGGCAUUUAAAGGACUUUCAGGUAGCACUACAAUAUCAAGUCAAGCACAAAUCGCAACUGCUCCCCACAACAUUAAUGUCACCAUUUUCCCAGUACACCAAUCAGAUUUAGGGGAGUAUAUUUGUAUGGCAACGAAUUCUGUGGGAACGUCAACAUCUUCGGCAUUUCUGUCCUCGAAAUGA